AUGGGGUCACCAUCGACUCGCUCGUCUCGACGUUGUCAGAAGGGAGGGCAAAGCAACCAUAAGGAUGAGGAGAUAUCGAACAUAGUGGCAGCCAUCACGAUUAGCAGAGGGGAAGCAUUAGGGGAAAAGCAUAGCAGAGGAUCCACACAUGGCAUGGACAGUGAUGAUGCCUGGGAUCCUUUUUCACACUGUGUGGCCUUGUUAAGGCACUUCAGCCCCUACUGCAGGAUGAUGUCUUCUCCCCCAAUUCAGACCCACAAAAAUUCACUCACUGUUGUAAAACCUGAGUCUCUUCCAAAUUCACAAAGCAAUGCACAAGGAGGAGAAGAAGGAGACCCAGAUGUCCAAGAUGCUCAAGUUCAAGACUUGAGGGUCCCGGAGCAUUGGUUGGUCCCCCUCAAAGGCCAUGGAGGGUACCCACAUUUAUGCCGAACCCUCUCAGCCCUCAAAUAUGGCCGGUCUACUCCUUUGCUAUCAGUUAAAUAUUCAGAUUUAUUGGUUGAAACGGACUCCCUCCUUUUUGUCAAUUGGUUUAGAAACUCUUCUCAAUCUACUUGGAUGUACUUUGAGCUAUUUAAUGAUGUUCUGGACAUUGCUUCUUAUCUACCUUUUGACAUUAGUCACACUUACAGAGAGGAAAUCUCACUAGCUGACAGCUCAGCAAACCUUGGUGCCGCUGGGCACGAUAACUCCUUCCCCUCAGUUUUGCACUUAGACUUUUCAUUGCUUUUACAGUUACAUAGCUAGUUAACAGUAUACUUUUC